AUGGUCACCAAACCUACUGUACUCCACAUCGGAGACGCCAUCAAAUACAACCACGAUUUCUACGACAAUGAAUUCACCUCUCGAUUCAACGUCAUUCAAGCAACAGAAACAAACAGAGAAGAUUUUAUCCAAGCCUUGAAAUUGAAGAAAUACGGUCCCUUCUCAGCCCUCUUCCGCCCACACUUCCAAACAGGCGGCUUCAUGGGCCAAUGGGACAAAGAACUAAUCCCCCUCUUACCAUCAAGCAUGCGAAUCUUCGCCUCAGCAGGAGCAGGCUUCAACUGGGCCGACACCGACCUCCUCGGCGCAAGAAAGAUCUGGUAUGCCAACGGCGCUGGCGCCUCCGACGAAGCAGUCUCCGAUACAGCCCUCUACAUGAUCCUCAGCGUAUUUCGAAACUUCACGCGCUCUCAACUCGCAGCACGAACCGCUGAUCCGGAAAAAUUCACAGCAACGCAUCGGCUCAUUGCGACGAUUUCGCAGAAUCCCCGCGGCCAUGUAUUAGCCGUCAUCGGGUUUGGAAAUAUUAGCAGGAAAUUGGCGUAUAAGGCGCGGAUGGCGCUUGGGAUGAAAAUCCAUUACUUUGAUAUUGUUCGUGCUGAUAGGAAGGUGGAGGAAGAGUUGGAUGCGACGUUUCAUGAGUCUUUGGAUGAAAUUUUGCGGAUUGCGGAUUGUGUUACGAUUCAUACGCCGUUGAAUAAGUAUACGCAGGAUUUGAUUGAUGAUCGGGCUUUUGCGUUGAUGAAACCCGGGAGUCGGAUUGUUAAUACUGCGCGUGGGGAGGUUGUGAAUGAGGAUGCGUUGGUGAGGGCGUUGGAAAGUGGUCACAUUUCUGCGGCUGCUUUGGAUGUGCAUUAUCACGAACCGCAGGUUUCGCGGAAAUUGGCGAGUAUGGAGAAUGUUACGCUGACCACGCAUAUUGGUGGUGGUGCUUUGGAUACGAGGAUCAACUUUGAGCUGAAUGCUAUGAAGAAUAUUCUCGCGGUUGUGGGAUCGGAUGGGGAAUUUGUUGGACAGCCGCUCACUCCUGUGAACACCAAGGCCUUCGAGGGGGCAGCGCAAGAAUAA